AUACUGGGAACCCUGAAAGGACGAGGCUAAGAGAAGCAGCAGCAGCAAGAGGAAAAGAAGAUGGUGUCAGGUUCGGGGAUCUGCGCGAAGCGCGUGGUGGUGGACGCGCGUCACCACAUGCUGGGUCGUCUCGCUUCGAUCGUGGCCAAGGAGCUGCUGAACGGGCAGAGAGUGGUGGUCGUGCGGUGCGAAGAGAUUUGCAUAUCCGGAGGCCUCGUUAGGCAGAAAAUGAAGUACAUGAGAUUCCUCCGCAAACGCAUGAACACCAAACCCUCCCACGGCCCCAUCCACUUCCGUGCCCCCUCCAAGAUCUUCUGGCGCACCGUUCGUGGAAUGAUACCACACAAAACAAAGCGUGGAGAAGCUGCUCUUGAUCGAUUGAAGGUUUAUGAGGGAAUUCCUCCUCCAUAUGACAAGAUAAAGAGAAUGGUUGUUCCUGAUGCUCUGAAGGUGUUGAGGCUUCAGAAAGGACACAAGUACUGCGUGCUAGGCAGGUUGUCAUCUGAAGUUGGAUGGAACUACUAUGAUACCAUCAGGGAGCUGGAAAAGAAGAGAAAGGAAAAAGCACAUUUGGUUUAUGAGAAAAAGAAGCAACUCAACAAAUUAAGGGUGAAAGCUGAGAAGGUUGCUGAAGAGAAGCUCGGUUCUCAACUUGAUAUUCUUGCUCCAGUUAAGUACUGAGUGGCCUUUGUUAGUGUUUUUAAAUUUUUUAUGCGACUUAUACCUAAACCUUUCAAUUUUGCUGGAGGUUGUAUUUCUUAUUGGAUCGUCGUAGAUCUGAUAUCUGAUAAUUUUCGAAGCUGUUUCUAAUGUGUGCUUUGUAGAAUUUUUAUCAUCAAGAACAUUCCAUUGCUUUAAUGAUAUUUUUAUUAGUAAUUACAUUCUAAAAUUUGUUGCA